CAACUCUACACCUAUUGGAUUUAAUCACCUGCAGGGGCACCCAUGGCUGACUGGGGGGGCUAAUCAGGGGCAUCAGAUACAACCACUUGGGCAGUAAAGGCCCCUCAAUUGCCCCUGGGGCCAAACACAACAGUCUGAGCCAUGGACACAGUCAGAGAGUUCAUUCAGCAAAAGCUCCCCGUGCAAGGGGCCUCGUAUUCAAUCUACCGUGGGGGGGAGGAUGAGGAGGAACUGCACAUUGAGGAGCCCCCAAGAGACCCAGUCGGAUCACGUGGGAGGAAGAGACCCCCCCGACUCUCCCCCACCCUCCAGAAAUACAUCAUUGGCAUCAUUCUAACAGCGUUUGUGGCCUUCAUACUGGGCUUUGUGGCGACUCGGAGACCCUGUGCCUCCUGUGACUAUAACUCCGCCCAGCUGGCCCAGGACAGGGAGCCCUAUGAGCCGUGGGAGCAGGACGACCCCACCCAGAUGGACUGGAACGAACUGAGAGACUUACUCAGCAAAUACCUACGGGAUGGUCAGAUGAUCGAUAGUGUUAUCAGGACGGUGAGUAAAGGGCCACACCCGGCCGGAUCAGAGGAAGACAGGGUUCUGGCCCAGAUGGUACUGGAGAAGCUGAAGACCUUCUAUCUGGAUCACACAUGGGUAGACAGUCACUUUGUGGAGCUGCCGUUUCCCCCAGACAGGAACCGCCCCACUUUCCUGGAGGUCUCACUGAAUGGGACGAGAGAAGAGACCAUUGAGUUGGGGGACCCCGAUGUGUAUUGUCCCUACAGCCCCGACGGGGACGUGUCGGGGGGCCUGGCGUAUGCCCAGUACGGCCGGAGAGAGGAUUUCCAGAGGUUGGCAGAACUCAGGGUGGAUGUGAAGGAGCAGCUGGUUAUUGUCCGAACAGGAUUUAUUAGCUUUGCCCAAAAGGUGGCGAACGCUGAGGCCGCGGGGGCCGCUGGAGUCCUCAUUUACCCAGAAUCCCAUAAUGACUUUGCUGUGUAUGGACAUGUCCAUCUUGGCACCGGAGACCCAAAUUCUCCAGGAUUCCCUUCCUUCAACCACACCCAGUUCCCCCCCAUGAAAUCAGCAGGACUUCCCAAAAUACCUGCCCAGCCAAUCAGCAGUGAAUCGGCACGGAAACUGUUCCGGAAGCUCAUUGGUGUCAGCUAUCCCUCAUUCGCCAACCGGGAAUCCGCCUUUUCAAAAGUCAAAAAUCCCAAAAUGGACUUGCGCCUUGUGGUGCGAAACACGAAGCGAAGCGUGGAACUGAUAAAUGUGUUCGGCAGCCUGACGGGACUGGUCGAGCCGGAACAUUACAUUGUGGUUGGAGCUCAGAGAGACUCUUUGGGUCCCGGUGCCGCCAAGUCAGCAGUAGGCACUGCCAUCUUGUUGGAACUGGCACGCACUAUAUCCAUGAUGGUCCAUAAUGGGUUCAAGCCCCGCCGCAGCUUGCUCUUCGUUAGUUGGGAUGCUGGAGAUUUCGGAAGUGUUGGAGCCACAGAGUGGUUAGAGGGGUAUCUGAGCAUGUUGCACCUGAAGGCUGCUGCCUACGUCAGCGUGGAUUCUGCAGUGUUGGGGGAUACGAAGUUUAUUGCAAGAUCAAGUCCAUUAUUCAAAAGCCUAAUCAAGAACAUAAUGAAGCAGGUAGACAACCCGCGGCGCAGCCAGCACAAUAUCUAUGAAAAUGCUAUGUCCCAAAAUAUUAAAAACUGGGAAACGGAAGAUUUGCGCCCCCUGCUGGUGGACACGAGUGCCUUUGCCUUUACUGCCUUUGCUGGGGUGCCUGCGGUGGGAUUUUCAUUCGAGGAGUUGGACCACCCCUACCAGUACCUGGACAGCCAAUACGAUGAUUACAAACGCCUGAAUGAAGUGGUGGGGGGCCGGCUGGCGGCGGUGUCUCUCAGUUUGGCGGAAGUGGCCGGACUCAUGUUAAUCAAACUCUCCCACGACCACAUCCUCCCCCUCGAUUACUCUGCCUACAACAGCGCCCUCCUCCAGCACAACAUCGACCUGAACCAGUACAGCAGCAAGCUGCAGGAAUAUGGGCUCACCCUCCAAUGGCUCUCCUCGGCGCGGGGGGAUUACACACGAGCAACGCAGACCCUGAAGAAGGCCCUUAGCCUGUCGGACCUGAGCAACGAGAAGCUGAUUCAGUCCUUCAACGUGCGCAUCAUGAGGGUGGAAUUCUAUUUCCUGUCCCAGUAUGUCUCUGCCACUGAGUUCCCGUACCGGCACAUUCUGAUUGGUCGGGGAGAACACACUUUGGAAGCUCUGAUCGAUCACCUCAAGAACAGUACAAACAAUAUCGACGUUGGGCUCCUGCGCAAACAACUCGCCCUUUUUACUCUGACAGUGAAAGGGGCGGCCAAUGCCCUGAGCGGGGAAGUCUGGGAAAUCCAAGGCAGCUUCUAGGGUGCCCUGGGUGAAAAGCCACGCCGGCGCUCUGAUUAUGAACGCUCGUUAGUAUUCACUCAUUAUAGACGCAAUGGGGUAUGUACCAAAGUAUUCUGAUUAUUUGCAGCUGGCUCCUAGUUGGGUAGGGUUCUCACUUUCCACUUCAGUUGUGUAUCCAUGGUGGGGGUCAGUUGGGUAUCCAUGGUGGGGGUCAGUUGUGUAUCCAUGGUGGGGGUCAGUUGUGUAUCCAUGGCGAGGGUCAGUUGUGUAUCCAUGGCGAGGGUCAGUUGGGUAUCCAUGGUGGGGGUCAGUUGGGUAUCCAUGGUGGGGGUCAGUUGUGUAUCCAUGGCGAGGGUCAGUUGUGUAUCCAUGGCGAGGGUCAGUUGUGUAUCCAUGGCGAGGGUCAGUUGGGUAUCCAUGGUGGGGGUCAGUUGGGUAUCCAUGGUGGGGGUCAGUUGGGUAUCCAUGGUGGGGGUCAGUUGUGUAUCCAUGGUGGGGGUCAGUUGUGUAUCCAUGGCGAGGGUCAGUUGUGUAUCCAUGGUGGGGGUCAGUUGGGUAUCCAUGGUGGGGGUCAGUUGGGUAUCCAUGGUGGGGGUCAGUUGUGUAUCCAUGGCGAGGGUCAGUUGUGUAUCCAUGGUGGGGGUCAGUUGGGUAUCCAUGGUGGGGGUCAGUUGUGUAUCCAUGGCGAUGGUCAGUUAUCUAUCCAUGGUGAGGGUCAGUUGUGUAUCCAUGGUGGGGGUCAGUUGUCUAUCCAUGGUGAGGGUCAGUUGUGUAUCCAUGGCGAUGGUCAGUUAUCUAUCCAUGGUGAGGGUCAGUUGUGUAUCCAUGGUGAUGGUCACUUGUGUAUCCAUGGAGAUGGUCAGAUGUGUAUCCAUGGUUAGGGUCAGUUGUGUAUCCAUGGUGAUGGUCAGUUGUGUAUCCAUGGUGAGGGUCAGUUGUGUAUCCAUGGCGAUAGUCAAAUCAUACUUUGGUACAACCCCACAAUUUGUAGUAACUUCAUCAGAGCCUUCAUUAUCAGCCCCAGCGUGGCCUUCUAAUUGCACCUUUCAUUUAACGUCUAAUUUAUGUCUUAAUUUAUCAGUGACAGUGCUCACUAUAAAUCAUACUGUGUCGGGGAUAAAUAUAAUGUUUGUUUGUUGCGCCAGAUUCAUCACGUGGGUUAAUUUAUCAGUGACAGUGCUCACUAUAAAUCAUACUGUGUCGGGGAUAAAUAUAGUUUGUUUGUUGCGCCAGAUUCAUCACGUGGGUUAAUUUAUCAGUGACAGUGCUCACUAUAAAUCAUACUGUGUCGGGGAUAAAUAAUAUGUUUGUUUUUUUGUGCCAGAUUCAUUGCGUGGGUUAAUUUAUCAGUGACAGUGCUCACUAUAAAUCAUACUGUGUUGGGGAUAAA